CACAAUAGAGGCAGAGUUCGAAAAAAAUUCAAAAUCACCGAUUUAAAGCAGCGCGGAGGUGGAACCAAUCCUUUUGAGCUAUGGCGAUUCUCAUCCAGUUGCCAUCCAACAUACUCUUCUUCCAUACUUUCCAAACCCAAAGGGAAGGUACUUGCAAACAUCUUGCGAGAAAAAGCUGGCCUUUACUUGCAAAAGAAGGACGGUUGAUAUCUUUAUAUUGCUCCUCAGAGAAUGUUCAAUCACUAUGUAAAAUUUCAGAAGGUUCCUCGUCAAUAAAUAAGCUUCCUCUAAACUUUUUAAKGGAUAAGAAGCUGGUUUUUGAUUCAGAUCCCCAUACCAAAAAGGCUGUUGAUCUUUCAUACAAUUUUCUUAAUCAAAGUACCAAGCUUGCGGCAUUGCCUGGAGCUGGAAGAAGUACAGAGUGYGGGAUUGCUGAUUACAGAAGUGCUUCUGUGACCCAAAAACGCGUACUGGGAAGCGGCCACUUGAGAACAAGUGCACCCCUUUUCCUGACCAGGAGAACGCUGAAUCUUUCUGUUAUUUCACUGUUAUUAUAUGGAUUUUCACCAAACAUUUGUGCGGCUGUUUUUGCUGAUGACUUGGAGCUCGAGAGAUACACAGAUUCAAAGGAGGGCUUUACCCUUCUUCGACCAUCUUCUUGGGUUAAGGUUGAGAAGGCAGGGGCAACCGUUUUAUUUGAAGAGGCAAAUAAGGGAAGCAACAAUGUGGGCGUUGUAGUAAACCCGGUUCGCCUUACAAGUCUUGGGGAGUUUGGAACUCCUCAGUUCGUUGCUGACAAACUUAUACAGGCUGAAAAGCGGAAGGAAAGUACAAAGGAUGCUGCAGUAGUUGGGGUUGCAGAGAGAUCUGGUGACGGAGGUCAACAAGUGUACGAGUUUGAAUAUACGAUUGAUAGCACUAGAGGCGGGAUGAAACGGGUUUUUUCGGCCGCUUUUGUGUCUUCUAAGAAACUCUACAUCCUUAACAUAUCUCACUCUGACAAACCAGAUAGCCCUCUUGAUUCACAUAGAAGAAUGAUGUUGGAGCAAGUUCUUCAUUCCUUUGAUGCAGCUCCUUCCUCAUAAGGUUUCCACGAUUCACACAAUCCUGGAGAGUGAACACUGCAAUAAUACGAAAAUAGAGGCYGAUGAGAGCUUCAAGGAGCUAAGAGAUGAGAUUUUCAAAGUUUGGGAUCGUGAAGAUGGACUCAAAGAGAUAAAUUGAUACAAAAGAAUUAAUUUUCUCAUUUCAUUUGAUUUUUUUAGUUUGCUCUGGAACAUAAUUUGAGAUUUCAUUGUUCCAAUUUGAGAAUGUGUAGAUAAACUCUUUAAUUUGUCUUAGGGAUUGAUGUAUUGCUAAAUUUUGUGAGUUAGAUUAAUUUUGUGUUUACAUUAUUAAUCUAUUAAUGUA